AUGGCAGAGAAGACAUUUACCCAGCAACUAGCGGCUUUCAAUGGAGUCUCCAUUGUUGUAUGCCUACUAUUUACUGCCUUCUGCACAUUAUUCACAACCUGCUCUGGUCAUGGCCGACUGAUUGAACCACCAAGUAGAGCAUCAGCAUGGAGAUAUGGUUUCCAAACUCCUCCAGACUAUAACGACCAUGAAUUGUAUUGUGGUGGAUUUACGCGUCAAUGGAAAGGCAAUGACGGUAAAUGUGGAGAGUGCGGAGAUGCUUGGAAUAUGCCCGAACCAAGACCGCAUGAAUAUGGUGGUAAAUGGGGUCAGGGAGUUAUUGUACGUCGGUAUAAUCCAGGAUCAGAAAUGGUCAUUAGAGUAGAACUGACCGCUAGUCAUAUGGGAUACUUUGAGUUUCGAUUGUGUCCAGAGCCCAAAGCAAAGCAAGACUGUUUGGAUAAGAAUCUAUUGACUGUAUUAGGUGGAUCACCUGCCAUGCCUAUACCAGAAGACUUAACAACGAGAUUUUAUCCAAGAAAUGGAAGCAGAAUAUACGAAAUCAAGGCUCAGUUACCAGAUAUGAAAUGCAAUCAUUGUGUCCUCCAAUGGCGUUACAUAGCUGGAAACAAUUGGGGAAUGUGCGACAAUGGUGUUGGUGCUGUCGGAUGUGGUCCACAAGAAGAGUUUCGCGCAUGCUCGGAUAUCGCAAUCGGAGAAGGUGGCAAGACAACAAUGCGUCCGUUCCGGCCAACGAUUAAGACAAAAACCACAACAGCAGCCACGCAACCUCCGUCCACAGAAGAAAACCAAACACAAGCAACAACAAAAGACGAACAACCACUGCCCGAAGAAGUUUCACCAUACCUGGCCAUAUUUAUUGCGGCAAUCACUCUUCUUUUUGUUUUGUGCAUCUUGGCCAGUAUAUAUCUGUAUCACUAUCAUGGUCAACGUGUCAAACAAUUGUUACGAUGGAAAAAUGCAAAAGAUGAUAAAAGUGGCAAGGGAGUCACCAACAUGCAAGAAGCUGUUAGAGAAGCAUCUGACCUAAAGUGUUCAACCUUAGCUAUGCCACCAAUUCCUCCACCCAGAACUAAAAGACUGUCUCAAUCUAAGGUAAAAGAAUUUUCUGCUGAUCAAUCGAGUGUAGCUUAAAAAAAAUCCCAAGCAUGUAAUAAAUUAAAGAGAAAAAAAGAACUUUGAAUUAUUUAUAACAGUUAUUUUUAAGUUUAUCAUUU